UUCAAAAUUAAUUAAAUUAACGCAAAGCGGAUUUUCGUAUAUAAAGUUCACGUUUUGAAACACCCCAAUUAGCAGAAAUGGCUAGUCUGUGUUAUAAAUGCGGCAAGGUAUUUUCCAACAUAUCAAGUUUGAGAAGACACGCCAGGAAUUUUCACAGAGAUGAAGCUACUGAAAUCGCUCCUAACUUGUACAAAAAUGCAGCGAAAUAUAAUUAUAACUGUCAUUGUGGAAAGAACUUUAGUGAUAUAAAUAAUUUCACGAACCAUCAGAAGAUCCACGGUGGAGAUUCAUCUUCGGGUAGUGGUACGUACCAAUCGAAAAAUAAGAAGUGUCCAUUAUGUAAUGAGUUGUUCACAUUCAAGAAUGAAAUUUUGAAACAUUUCGAAGAGUUUCAUGAGCUUGUUAUCAAAUCAAGUACCUUGAAAUUUAACUCUCAAGAUGAGUUUUUUGUGUGGAAAAAUGAGUUGGAAGCGAAGACAAACGCUAGUUUUGUCAAAUAUAAUAACAAAGAUUCACGAAAUUGGAAAACCAGUUAUUUGAUUUGUAAUCGUUCAGGAACUUACUUGCCGCGAGUUGAGGAAAGUGAGCGUAAACGGUAUUUGAAGAUACAAGGUAGUUAUAAAAUUAAUUCUUAUUGUCCUGCCUCCAUAAAGUUUUCAAUGAAUAAAGUGAAUAAUACAUGUCAAGCAGAAUAUAUUGAAACGCAUGUUGGACAUGACCUUGAUCCAGGAUAUGUAAAUCUAUCAAAACCAAAUCGACAAAAAAUAGCUCAAAAAAUUGCUAGUAAAAUUCCCUUUGAAGAAAUUCUCAAUGAAGUUCGUGAAAAUGUAUCUGAUUCAGAAGUGAGCCGCAUACACCUCUUAAGGAGAAAAGAUUUGUAUAAUAUCGAACAGUCUUUCAACUUAUCAUCAUCAGCAGUAAGACAUCCAAAUGAUGGAGUAAGUGUAGACUCGUGGGUUAAAGAAAUGCAAGAAGAAAAGCAUUGUGUUUUAUUUUACAAACCGCAAGGCAUCUUAGAUGAAAAAGAAUUUUAUUUAAAAAAAGAAGACUUUGUUCUUAUUAUUAUGACUACUGCCCAAAAGGAAUUUUUAGCGAAAUAUGGUUCUGACAUAAUCUGUCUGGAUGGUACUCAUGGUGUGAAUGGUUAUGACUUUGAGCUUUCAACACUUUUAGUGCUAGAUGAUCUAAGAGAGGGCUUUCCUUGUUCAUUUCUAAUCUCCAACAGGUCUGAUAAAGAAGUAUUUAAGUUAAUGUUUUCCAAAAUAAGAGAAGAAAUUAAUGUAAUUGCACCGAAAGUGUUCAUGUCAGAUAUGGCUGAGAGCUUCUAUAAUGCGUGGACAGAAGUCAUGGGUGUUCCAGAAAAAAGACUUUUCUGCACAUGGCAUGUUCUCCGCGCCUGGAAGAAAAAUCUAGUGAAAAUAAAAUCAAAGGACAAGCAGAAUGAAGUUCAUAAUCAGUUGCAUAGUAUUUUACAUGAGAGAGAUCAACAAGCUUUACGUAGAAAGCUCUUCAAUUUCCUAAACCAAUGUGGUGAUCCAGGUGUAACUGAUUUUAUUAAUUACUUCAAAGAAAAUUAUCUCCUUAACAUAGAAAAUUGGGCAUAUGCUUACAGACUCCAUGCUGGUAUUAAUACUAAUAUGCAUCUAGAAAGAUUUCAUAAGACUCUUAAAUAUAUGUACCUCAAAGGAAAGAAAGUUAAAAGGCUAGAUAAGGGAAUAUGUGCAAUUAUGCAAUUUGUUAGAGACAAAUUAUUUGAUAGACUUAUAUCCCGUCAUAAGGGUAAAAUCUGCAGUAAAGUUAAAGAAAUAAGAGUUCGUCAUGAAACUAUGACCAGCUUGGAUAAAAAUUUAUUGAUAAAAUGUGAAGAUGGAUGGAAAAUACCUUCGAAUACAUCUGAAGAAACUUAUUUUAUUAGAAAAACAGACAGCGAUUGCCAAAAAUGCCAACUUAAAUGUACUUUGUGUAACAUCUGCAUACAUGAAUAUAUCUGCUCUUGUAUUGAUUCAUCUAUUAAAUUCAAUAUGUGCAAACAUAUUCACCUAGUUGCUGCUUCAAGGAAAGAAAAUCUACUUGGGGAUGGAGGACCAAACUUUCAAACAGAUACGGACAUAACAGUAGUAGGUGAAGAGUGUGAAGACACAAAAGAGAAGAAUUUAAUUCUAAAUGAAGUUGGUAGGAAAAGGGACUUGAAGAGGUCCGUAGAGAAGGAGAAGGAAGAUAUCAGGAACAAAAUUGCGAGACAUUUGAGGGACAUACAUUCUCCUACCAAACUUCAAGUCAUUAAAAAUAUUUUAGCUCCGCUUUCACCUACACUCGCAGCUGUAGAUUCUAAUAAUUCCUUACCUUCUACAAGUAGAAUUCCACAUAAUAUGAAAAUUGUUCCACAGAGAUCACUGUUUUCAACCAGAAAUAAAAAAUCCAAGAAAAAAUAUGAUUUUAUUUAA